AAGCUGCCAAGCUGGACGAGUCCAGUUCUGAGAGCUCGAGAACAGACCCUACAGAACCCGGACACCUUGGACCCAUCCUGGAAGAGCAGUAUGUAGGCGAAGGAACCGAGAAACCAGUGUCUCUAACACCACACGCCCACUACAGGGACGCAGAAACAAUCACAGAUGUUUGUAACAGCACAGAGCUCCCUGAGGUGGAGAUUAUCAGUCUGCUGGAGGAGCAGUUGCCGGUCUACAGGCUGAGGGCAGACUGUGUGUACGGCUAUGAGCACGACGACUGGAUCCACACACCUCUCAUCUCACCCGACACACGCAUAGACCUCACCUCUGAGCAGAUCGAGGAAACCCUCAACUACUUUUUACUAUGUGCUGAGCGAGUGGGCCAGAUGACUAAGACCUACAAUGACAUCGAUGCUGUCACAAGACUUCUGGAGGAGAAAGAGCGGGAUUUGGAGCUCGCUGCCCGCAUCGGUCAGUCCCUCCUGAAGAGGAACAGUGUUCUGUCGGAGCAGAACGAAUACCUGGAGGAACAAGUGGGGACCAUCAGGGAGGAGGUUGCUCAGCUGCACCAUGAGUUGAAUCUAAAAGACGAGCUCCUGCAGUUCUACACUAAUGCAGUGGAGGAGAGUGAAGAGGGGUCUGGAUCGCCCACGAGUCAACAGGGAAAGGCAGGAGUUUCUGCCCGUAGCGGUUCCUCUCUGGACAUUCUCCCAGAACUUCAAGACCUGGAGGAGGAAAAUCUCUCUCUCAGAUCAGAGGCGAGUCAGCUGAAGUCUGAGACAGAGUCAUAUGAGGAGAAGGAACAGCAGCUGGUGAAUGACUGCAUCAGAGAGUUAAGGCAGUCCAGCAUCCAGAUCUCCAGUAUAGCAGAAGAACUGGCCAAAAAAACAGAAGACGCUUCUCGCCAACAGGAGGAAAUCACACACCUUCUCUCUCAGAUAGUAGACCUGCAGAAAAAAGCCAAAACUUUUGCUGUUGAGAAUGAAGAACUUUCUCAGCACCUUACGGCAGCUAAAGAUGCUCAAAGACAGCUUACAUCCGAGCUGCAGGAGCUGGAGGAGAAAUACUCAGAGUGCAUUGAAAUGCUCCAUGAGGCUCAAGAGGAGCUCAAGAACCUACGGAACCGCAGUGUGUCUGCAGGAACUCCUCGACGCUAUCACCCUCUGGGACUUUUUCCCAUGGACUCCCUGGCUGCUGAAAUUGAGGGAACCAUGAGAAAGGAAUUGAGUCUGGAGAAUCCUGAUAAUGAAGAACAGAGGGUUCGUCACAAGCGUGUGUUUGAGACUGUGAAGAACAUCAACCAAACUGUCAGACAGCGAUCUGCUAAUUCUGCUACCAACAUCCCUGGAUCCAAUCAGACGCUCUCCUCCCUUAGCUCCGCCCUCUCUGACAGCAAUGGCAACAGUGCAGCGCCUGAUAACCGUACACAAAGCAUGCUCCAGGAGACCAGCUCCUCAGAUGCUGCUGUGGAUGCCCCUGAGAAGCGAUCUGGCUCUGAGGAGCUCAAACUUGCUCUGAGGCGACUGUCUUUGCGACGGCAGAACUGUCUGAGUGAGCGUCUCUUCUUCGAGGGGGAGCGAGAGAGGCGUAAUCGGGAUCCAGCAGACAGUGCAGAUUACUCAAACAGGCUGGUGCACAGCGAGAGCAUCAUGUCCCUGGGUGCUUGGGCCAGUCGGCCCUAUCUUCCCGACAAGCUCCAGAUUGUCAAACCUCUGGAAGGCUCGGCUACACUUCAGCACUGGCAGCAGUUGGCUCAGCCUAAUCUGGGUGGUAUCCUGGAUGCUCGACCUGGUGUGGUCCCGAAAGGCUUCCGUCCCUUGGAGCUGGAACUGGAGGAAGUAUAUCAAUAUGCUGACUAUGAGGAAGAUGAGCCUGGAGAGCAGUACUUCCAGAACCUUCCCACCACAACCACAUCCAGUGUCCCUCCUGCCCAUAGCCUCGCCCCCUCAGCCUCCCCGUCACCAUGUCUCAGCACAGGUCACGCUUCCAUGGACUUCUCAAUGUAUUUCCCAGGGAAAUGCAUGGCUCAUACAAGUUCAACCUACACCUUCACCACCUGCAAAAUCCUCCAUCCGUCUGAUGAGCUUACGAGGGUGACACCCAGUUUAAACCCCUUCCCCACUUCAUCCUGCGUGAUGUCAAGCAGUCUGCGCUCGACACCUGCCGCCACGCCGUGUACUCCUCGACGAAUGAGUCUGUCUCAGUCUCAGUCUUUCACCAACCUGCGGGACUCCACCAAAACCUUCAGCACAUCUUUAGGCCUUGUGCGCCUCUUGCAGGAGAGGGGCAUCUCUGCUGCAGUGUACCAGCCUCACAGCUGGGACAGAGGAAGCGGAGGAGUCCUCUUCUCCACCUCAGUUCUUCCUCCUUCACCUCCUGACCAGAUUCGUCCCACCACUCCGCCUAAUUCCCCCACUCGUUGCACUCCCAGCCCCAGUUCGGCUGUUUCUGAUGUAGAUAUCUCCACGCCUUUCUCUUUUAAGAGCCCAUCCUAUGAAAACUUUUUGGCUUCCAAGCCAGCAAGGUCCAUUUUGAAGGAGGUGGCGGGGGUGUCUGGGACUCAGGCUAAAGACUGUGAAAGCCAGACUGAUGUCAGUAUGUAUAAUCUCAAUUUAGUUGAUAAGCUGAAAAGGUUGGGGUUGGCAAGCCCUGGGGCAACAGGGGGAGGGAUUCCAAGGCCAAGCCCACUUAUAGGUCCUCUGGGUGGGCUUCGGAGGGCAGGGUCCCCCUUUAGUCCACUAAACGAAGGUAUGAGGAGGAAUCGGAGCUAUCCUGCUAUGGUUGGUGCCAGUAUGGCAAUGAAGGGGCCCGGCCCUCAAGGGGACGAAAUGCUACUAGCUCCUAAACUACCCAAGCAAACAAGUCUCAAAUAAUGAGUUUUGCAUAAUAACAAAUCACACAAUCAGUGGAUUGUUCCUCACUAACUUACUAACAAAGAAUUCAAGACGUAACUUGUAAAAAACAUACAGUAUAAAACACACCUAAAGUGAUAAUUUACCAAAAAAAAGAAGAUUCUGUCAUUUACUCACCCUCAUGUUGUUCUAGACCUGUAUGACUUUACAGAAGACAUUAUUUUGAAGAAUAUUUCAAAAUGACUGGACCCCACUGAGAUUUAUUGCAUAUCCAGAAAAAAAAAAAAACACAUUUUUCAAAAUAUAUUUUGCACUUCACAGAAGAAAGUAAAUCAUACUGAACUUUUUUUGUGUGUUUUGUGUUUGCAGAGGAAACAAAUGCAUACAGGUCUGGAACAACAUAAGAAUGAGUAAAUGAGAGAAUUUUCAUUUUUAUCCUUUGAAAGUUUAAAGUGUUAUUUUAAUUCAGUCUCAUCUGUCUUUAUGUUCUCUCCUCACCAACUCCCUGAGUUGCCCUGUACAAUCUAAUGUGAUGUGUAUCCUGUACAGAUGGUGCUGAUUGUAUGUAACCUUUGACCUCACUUUGACUUCUCACUGCACAUGCAGGAAGGAAUAAAUCAUCAAAAACCAAAUGAACUGGAAAAUCUACAGUCACAUGUACUCACUAUGAAUUAGAACUAAGUUCAGUUAUCACAACUGACGUGUUGUUUUCAAGUGGAGGGCAUUUGCAGGGUAUAUGAAAGUGUAUUGAUCUGGGAUCAAUGGUGUUCUGUUCCUGCUUUCGGCAACUUUAAAAAUGUAUUCGCCCCAGUUGCUUGCUGGUUUUGAAUGGUGGCAUUUGAGGGUGAUGUAUUCAUGCAGGCAGAGAGGAUGUGUAGCACAGGUUUAAUCACCCACGUUGACCAACUCUCUUUUCCUCCAUUACUCUGUCUUUAUCUGUCUGUCUAUACCUGUUUUAAAAGACAAAUCUUUAAUAAUGAAGUGACAGUUGUAGCUUUUCAUUUGAUGAGUGGCUGAAUGAAUUGAGGGUUGGAUAGGCUGAUUUCAGAAAGUACUGCUGUCUUGCUGGUUUUCUAUGAUAAAAAAGCGACUGCCUGUAUUUUAGUCAUCCGUCACGUCAGAGUUUUCACUGAACAAUUGGAAAAUGUUGGAGAGCACUGUAAACUCGAUUGAGCACUGAGCACUUGUGUUUAAUUGCAGUUUUAUUCUCUUUAUUUAUUCAUUUACCUUUUGUUGUUUCAUGUUAUUGAAAUGUGCACUUUGACGUUCUGUUGUGCUGUUUUACACCAAUUGUUUUUGAGAGUUAGUUGCUCUCAUGUAAUGUUUGUAGAAGGGAAAAGCUUUUAGAUUAGUGACUACGCAAUAAUGUUUGUUUGAAUUUUUAUUUUCAAAUAAAAAUAAAUGCAGAGAAAUAAAGGUGAAGAUUCUUGUCU